CUCAGCUCGUCAAUGAUCCCGGGGCUGAAGCCGGCAUCGACGGGUGCACGUUGCUGUUCCAGGGAGUCGGCUCGGCAGGCGGCGGCGAUAUUGAGCUUGGGCUAGGGCAAGAACCGGCGAAAAGCAAAGCCGGAAAAGGCAAUGGGGCGUUGGUGCGCUGACCACCUGUUCCUCCAGGGGAGUGCGACGCGCGCUGAUUGGCUGGAGUGCCGCCCGGGUACCGGAAGUGGCUCAUGCCUGUCGCCAGUGACACCGGGACAACAGCUGUGGGCUCUGUGCGAGUGGCCCAGCAGCACCGAGCCUGAGAGGAGUGAGCGAGCGCGGGGCGGUAGCGGCCUGCGAUUGUGAUAUGGGGACUGAGAACAAGGAGGUGAUUCCCAAGGAAGAAAUUUCUGAAGAAUCUGAGCCACCUGGGUCAAUGUUAGAAAAAUUUCCAAGAGUGGUUUACCAAGGUCAUGAGUUUGGAGCAGGAUGUGAAGAAGACAUGUCGGAGAGACAUUCGAGAGAGUCCAUGGAAGAGAUUAUGGAGCAGAUGUCUCCUCAGGAGAGAGACUUUACAUCAGGGUUGAUGAUCUUUAAAAAAUCACCCUCAAGUGAGAAAGACCGGGAGAAUAAUGAGGGCAAGAGAGGCUGCAGUCCCAGCCCAAAUCUGGUUACACAUCAGGGAGAUACUACAACAGAGGGAGUGAGUGCAUUUGCUACCUCUGGCCAAAACUUCAUAGAGAUUUUAGAACCUAACAAAACACAGAGAAGUUCUGUUGGAGAAAAGCCUCAUACAUGUAAAGAAUGUGGGAAAGCCUUUAACCAGAACUCACAUCUCAUCCAGCAUAUGAGAGUUCAUAGUGGAGAAAAACCUUUUGAAUGCAAAGAAUGUGGAAAGACAUUUGGAACUAAUUCAAGCCUUCGACGGCACCUGAGAAUUCAUGCUGGAGAGAAACCCUUUGCUUGCAAUGAAUGUGGAAAGGCAUUCAUUCAGAGUUCGCAUCUUAUCCACCAUCAUAGAAUUCAUACUGGAGAGAGGCCCUAUAAAUGUGAAGAAUGUGGUAAAGCCUUCAGUCAAAAUUCAGCCCUUAUUCUACACCAGAGAAUCCAUACUGGAGAGAAACCAUAUGAAUGUAAUGAAUGUGGGAAGACCUUCAGGGUUAGUUCACAGCUUAUUCAGCAUCAGAGAAUUCAUACCGAAGAAAGAUACCAUGAAUGCAAUGAGUGUGGCAAAGCCUUCAAGCAUAGCUCAGGCCUUAUUAGACACCAGAAAAUUCAUACUGGAGAAAAACCAUAUCUGUGUAAUGAAUGUGGGAAAGGCUUUGGACAGAGUUCUGAGCUUAUCCGGCAUCAGAGAAUUCAUACAGGGGACAAACCCUAUGAAUGUAAUGAAUGUGGGAAAACUUUUGGCCAGAAUUCAGAGAUUGUUAGACAUAUUAGAAUUCAUACUGGUGAGAAGCCCUAUGUAUGUAAGGAAUGUGGGAAGGCCUUCAGGGGAAACUCAGAACUUCUUAGACAUGAGAGAAUUCACACUGGAGAGAAGCCCUAUGAAUGCUUUGAGUGUGGAAAGGCUUUCAGGCGGACCUCUCACCUUAUUGUCCACCAGAGAAUUCAUACUGGAGAGAAACCACAUCAAUGUAAUGAAUGUGCAAGAACUUUUUGGGAUAAUUCUGAGCUGCUUCUCCACCAGAAAAUUCAUGUUGGAGAGAAACCGUAUGAAUGUAGCGAGUGUGAGAAAACAUUUAGCCAGCAUUCCCAACUUAUCAUACAUCAGAGAAUUCACACUGGAGAGAAGCCUUAUGAGUGCCAAGAAUGUCAGAAAACUUUUAGUCGGAGCUCUCACCUCCUCCGACAUCAAAGUGUUCACUGUAUGGAGUAAUCUGCAAAAUAGGAAAGCUUUUAGUGGGAAAGCUAAAGUCCAACUUAUUCAUUUGUUCAUAAUAUGCACCCCACAUAUUCAAAUCAAAUGAAUGGACAGAACCUCCCCUGUCCUUUCACUGAUUAUUUAAACAGUUGGUUGAAGAAGAUGAGGCACCUUUUUUUUUUUUUUUAAGACUUGGGGUCUUGCUCUGUCGCCCAGGCUGGAAUGCAGUGAUGCAGUCAUAACUCACUGCUUCCUUGAACUCCUGGGCUCAAGCAGUCCUCCUGUGUCAGCCUUCCAAGUGGCUAGGACUGCAGGCACUACUGAGAAACUUUUAUGAAUUAGUCAUUCAGAAGUUUCAAUGUAUUGAGUUAAAUUAUAAAAGCUAUUUCAGGCCUUAAUUUCCCCUCUGUCCUUCCCUUCCCUUCCUUUCUCCUUCCCCAGUGAAUCACAUAACAUGAAGGGUCAGUACCAGCCAUCCUAAAUUACUUUUCAGCAAAAUUGUGAGAACAGGAUUCUACCACCUCCUAAGAAUGACAGAGUUGACUCAUUGAAUGUUACCCCCUGAAAUAUUAGAAAGUCAUAAAUUAGAAGACACACCUCAUUCUACUGUCUACUGUUUAGCAUUGGAAUAAUUUAGUAAGCUUUUAUUAGCUUCAAAAUCUUUCAGCCAUGCUGUCAAGUUAGAAGAUGGCAGCAUUAAUGAAGAGAAGCAGGAAGUGGUCAUUUCACAUCUGUUAGGCUUCCUUAUUCAUCCGAAGAGGCUGCCAUGAUGGAGGAACUGACAGGCAAUUUACAACAGUAUUGUAAGUGAAGGCCUUAGCAUCCAGAGGGGCUGAUUAGGCAACACUAGGGGGUAAACAAUUGAAGUCAGACUAUUCAGCAUGGGCAGAAGCAGCUCUUCAGGAGCUGUCCAAAGUUCAGGGGUGCUCAGACUGCUCGCAAGAAUUCUGCUGCAUUCAUUGUCGGCCCCAGCUCCUACUACUGCUGACAGAUACUGUGACAGGAAGUAGCAAAGAGGACUGUGGCUUCACCUCUACCAGGCACCUGGCUACAGUGAUGAGCCAGUUCACCUGAUAACAAACCAGGGUCUGGCCUUGCCAAAGCACUUAAGUUCUCAUGACCUGGACCCCACUGGAGGCACUGCCUUGGUCAGAAUGUGGUAGCCUUUUCUUGGUUUUGCCCCUUGGCCUUGAAAUUCUUUUUUCUUAAAUAACUUUUAAAAAAUAGAGCUAAGAUCUUGCUGUGUUGCCCAAGCUGGUCUUGAACUCCUGGGCUCCAGCGAUCUUUUUGCUUCAGCUUCUCAAAAUACUGGGAUUGCCGGUGUGAGCUACCGUGCCCGGCCUUAAAAUUCCUCCUUCACCAUUUUUGCUUGUUUUUCGUGUUCUCCUAUAUCUUAUUUCUUUUUUAAGGAAAACACAGCUUCCAUUUUUCAUGUGUCUGUGUUUCUAUGGCAGUGGUGUUAGUGGGUAUUGCACUAAUGCCUGGGAUCUGGUCUUAGUGCUGGACCUUGAAUAAGGCACUUCACCUGCUGGUCUCCAAUUUUCUCAUCUGUAAAAUGGAGGAGUUGAACUAAAUGAUCUCUGAAGUUUCAACCAGCCCAGUAAUUCCUUAAAUCUUUAAAAAUUUAACUUUAUAUCUCUUUAUUGUUCUUUGAUCUUGUCUUUGUUACACUAAUAUUAGUCACUAAUAUUUAUUGAGUGUUUACUACAUGACAGGUAGAGUGCCAGUUUACAUUUUAAUUUUCACAUCAUUUCUAUGAUGUGAGUCCUCAUUUUUUAAAAGCUUUAUAAAAGUAUAAUUUAUAUACCAUAAAAUUCAGCUGUUUUAAGUGUUCAGUUGAAUGAUUUUUAAUUUACAUAGUUACACAACCAUCAAUGAUGUGGGUAUUCUUACCCCAAUUUAAAAGGAGGGGCAGAAGGGGCAAUGUUAAGUGAUUUACCCAUGAUUACACAGCUAUUAAGUGCUAGAGCCAAGACUCCAAACCUGGUUGAUGCUCUUAACCACUGUGCUGUGCUGCAGAUAGGCAGAUUCAUCACUGCCUUAUGUGAAAUCCUGUGCACAUUUUCUAUUACUAAUUUCUACAUAGAUUUGAAUAUAGUGAAUUUAAAUAAUGUCCUUGGUAGCGGAACUGACCACAGCCAAAAAAAAAAAAAAAAAAAUCCACCAAAUGGUUUAUUCUGUACUCCAACAGGUGUCUCGCAGGCUUAUAUCCUUGGUAUCCUUGGUUUGAGAAAAGAGUUGUACAAAUAGAUGACUGCACAGCUUCCACAUCCUUCCAGAUACCUCUGCCUCUAACAGUCACACUCCAAUAGGGAAAGUUCUUUGAUUUACUUCUUCCCUUAGGAUGAUUACAAGUGUGUGCUCUCAUUCCUUUUUUCAUUGCUGGAGCACAAACUGAAUUGCGCCCAGGCUAUAUCUUUCUCACAUGAAACCUGGAUCUCACCUGUCCCAUGCCUGAUUCCUGUGUUUGCAUUUUUUUUUUUUUUUUUUUGUCUCUCCCUGUCCCCUGGGCUGGAGUGCAAUGCCACAAUCUUGGCUCACUGCAACCUCCACCUCCCAGGUUCUAGCAAUUCUUCUGCCUCAGCCUCCUGAGUAGGUGGGAUUACAGGCACAUGCCACCACGCCUGGCUAAUUUUUGUAUUUUUAGGAGAGAUGGGGUUUCACCAUGUUGGUCAGGCAGGUCUCAAACUCCUGACCUCAGGUGAUCCUCCGCCUCAGCCUUCCAAAGUGCUGUGAUUACAGGCAUGGGCCACCGCACCAGGCUGUUUGCAUAUUUUAUUUCCAUAUUUACCUCUUGUCAGCCCUGAUAGAGAAUGUGGCGCCCCUUCAAGCUUCUCCUAAAAAGUCUAUUCACACAAACAUCCCCGAGCAAUAUGUACUUCACUGAAGAUACUGUGUAAGAAGCGGAGAAGAGUUCACACUGCAUUCUAUUAGACGCUUGGUUCUCAGAAGUACCUUAUUGGCCAAACCACCAAUGUUUUUUCUGUUUGUCCUCCCCUCUCAAGGCUCAGCCACCUCACCUCCUGUUUUGCCUACCAGAUAUCCAAUCCAUCCCCUCACCUCCCCUGGGCCUAGCUCAAUUACCUUCUUAAACCCAUCACUGCUCAGCAAAAUGUCUAGUUAACCAUUCAUUUAAACAUUAGGAGGCAAUUUAGUGACCUGUUGCACCUGAGCAGGUUCUUCAGGGGGAUGUCUCAUGACUCAUUUCCAGAAAAAUCUACCAUACAUAGAUAUACCCCUGCCCCAGAGAUUUCUGGUGAAUGAAAUUACCUGCAUCUUGUUAUGUACACUAUAUGCAAAUCCUGUAACCUCAAUUCCCUGUCUUCUUAACACAUCUUACCCAGAGAUCUCAGGAAGAUUCCUCUUUUCCUUCUGUUUGCCUCCCUCCCUCUUCAACUUACUUGGGAGUCAGCAUCUGACCAUAAUCGUGACUGGUGAUGAUUUGUGCAAACACAAUACUAUCAAGGAAAAUACAUGAAUUGUCUUAAUUUUAGACCUUUUUUUAAAAAAAAAAAAAAACCGCACAGGCCUCACAAUCUUAAAAGUUCUACCUAAAUACCCAGAAAUAUCCUUCAGAAUUUUUGAAGCUAUGCCCGUGUACAUUUUUUUCUUCCCGAAUUUUAAUGGUAUACUAACACCUUAGGUAAAUAAAAUAUUUCUUUACAAUGUUA